UGAGAAACUCAACGUGCGACUAGAGCGCCACAAUGCCAAGCGAUAAUACUGUCAUCUAACGCUGAAGAUUGGAAGCUAAAAAUAUGGAGCACUGACGUGCUGCAUGUAGUUGCAAAUGAAUUAAUAUUAUUAGUGAGAAAAAUCAAUUGUUGCCAUGUCGAUCAAUACGUUGUGCAUCGCUGCAUUCCGCAAAAUUGCAGUGGGCAGAAUAAGUGCCGCUGCCGCAAGAUAUUCGACACAGCAAUCAAACAGCAUCGGGAAUAUAGUUUCCCGUUUAACACCCAGCAGCUAUGGUGUAUCACGUGGCACAGAGGCAAUAAAUAGUACAGCUAGCAUCAAAUUUACACCAGGAACACUCAACAUAGAUUUUGGAAUGCCUACACAUGGAGGUUUAAGAAACAUUAUUGACAUGCCUGUUGCAAGAAUUCCUCCGUUACAUGAACCCAUGAAGCGUCCACCCAUUGAAUAUGAUUCUCCUGUACCGGAAAAGUCUAUCGAUCUACCUCCAAGUGAAAAGAUCUUUGAGAAACUAGCGGUACGUAUGCUAGUGAUCAGACAUAAGAAAAUGAAAAAACACAAACGAAAGAAACUGGCUAAGAAAAUGAAAUUUGUGUGGGCAAAGCUAAAGUUGAAACGAGACCAGAGGAAGGAGAAAAUAUUUCAAAAUCAACUUAUUAGGCAAGUGAAGAAGGCACAAGCAUUUAACGCUAAGAGAUAUGUUCACGACAAACUUAGGAUUUUGAAUAAAACUUGGAUACCAAUGACUUACAGAGGUGAAAUUUUACCAAGGGAGAUGAUUAAAAAGUUUAGAAAUGAGAAGAGAGCGAAACGAGAAGCUGGACGUAAUAAACCUCGUUUGACUUUGUAAUUUUUUGACUUUAUAAUUUAUGGAAAUAAAUUUUGUUCAGAUGGUA